AGGGGUAAAGAUAAGGAGACAAGUGAGUAGUCAAAAGGAAAGACAGCUUGUGUGUGUGUGUGUGUGUGUGUGUGUCCCCACGUGUCACAGCGCGAGCCCAAACUAUGCCCUGAGCCUUAACAAUUUGCAUCUUUUUUUCCGUCACUCUAACUGUAGCAGAAAUAAGAUCAUCUUUGAGCUCGGAAGGGGUUCUUUGCUAGUAUGAGCGAGGGGGACUGUUCUGACCAGCCCGGAACUUGGCAAAAGAGGGCACCAGAAGGAGCGCAUCAUAGAGAACUGAGUGAAAUGAAUGAAUGGAGUUGACAAGAAAACUCAUUUGGAAUGUGUGUUGCUGAAAACCUAGGAUCCGAGGUGCCCUGCUCCAGCCCGAGCCCCUACCCCUGGGUCUCUGAGCCCAGGGAAUCCCAGGGAGCCUGUAGUUGAGGGUCCAGAAAACUCACCCCAGUCCCCUACACCAAUCCCCUGCUUCAAGCUAGGAGGCACACCCACUGGGCAGUUUCCAGGAAAGGAUUGGAAGUCUUCAAACCCAGAGAGCCCUUCCUGCGCUGCAGGGGCCCCAGACUGGGUGGAGCAGCCACACCUGCCCGGAGCUUCGGGGAAGAGGGCGUGAACAACAACCAGCACCGCCCUCGGUAUGCUCUGCGGGCCCUGCGGUCUGCCGAUCUCUGUGGGUCCCACAACUUCCUCACUUCCCUAAAUGGGCAACUGCACUUUGAGAAGGCCAGGUCCUUCCCUGGCAGACCUAAGUGGCACAUCCCGCAUUGGCCUGGGCCCUUAACCCUGGAUUUGAGGUCUCCCGGCCCCCUGCUGGCCUGUGACUGUCCCCAACUGGAUGGAGCCAUGGCUCCCACCUUCCUGCUGUUGCUGCUGGGGCUGCUGUGGUUCCAGCGCCCUGUCUCAGGUGUCCCUGCCGAGAACGUGUACACUAAAGUCCAGCACUUUGAAGGGGAGACUCUGUCUGUGCAGUGCUCCUACAAGAGCCGCAAAAACCACAUGGAGGGCAAGGUAUGGUGCAAAAUCAGGAGGAAGCGGUGUGAGCCUGGAUUCGCCAGGGGCUGGGUACAGGGGACGCGUUACCAGCUGCAGGACGAUCCCAAGGCCAAGGUGGUCAAGAUCACCAUGGCAGCCCUCAGGCGCCAGGACUCCGGCAGGUACUGGUGCAUGCGCAACAGCUCAGGAACCCUGUACCCCCUGACGGGUUUCCUACUGGAAGUGUCUCCAGCCUCCACAACCAGGAGAAGUACUCCUCUUAGACAGCUGGCCAAUAUCCUCAAGAGCAGAAUUGUUGUCACAUCGGGCCCAGCCCCCACCUCAGGCCCUGAUGCCCCUUUCACCACCAGCAUGACAGUUUUCACUCCUGGCCUCCUCACCUUGACCAGUCUCGUGCCCCCGACUGCCUCAGAGUCCAUCAGACUGACCUCCAUGACAGGCUUCAGCUUCACCAGCCCUGGCCCUUCUACCAUGGAGCCCAACAGGGCCGUGGAAUCCCAGACAGUGACUGUGUCUCCAAGCGAUGCCAGAGCCUCCUCUGCUGCCCCAGCAUCCAUCUCCACCAGGGCUGGGCAUCUGAAAACCAGAUCACCCACCACAGGAAUGUGCCACACCGGCGGGUCUCUCCUCAACAAAUUAUCCCCUGUCAGGCACCAGGAUUCGUAUUCCAUUGUGCUCCCGGGGUUGCUGAUCUUCCUCCCAGUGUCUCUGAUGGUGAUCGUGGUCUAUGGGCUCUGGAAGAAGAGACACAGGGGAAGCUACAGGGUGUGCAACAAUCCUGCUAGACCCUGGAGGGACCCACUUGGAAGACUGGAGCCUCCAUGGAAGCCUGCUUGGUCUGAGGCAACUUAACUAUGGAUUGCGUGAGCUCCUCCUGGAGGGGCCUUUGGAGGCCAGAGGAGGAUGAAGACGGGGGCCUGUUUGAACUGGAACCCAGCUGAGGGCUGAGGACUUGCUCAAGGCUGGACUCAGGCCUCUCCAGAACCAGAGGCUGCUCUUCACCCACUCAGUCCUCUUGGGCUGCCGGGGGCCUGGGACAGCCCCCAGAUUGGGGGUACCAGGCAGGAAACCCCAGGGGAAUCCACCGAGGGGAAUCAGCUCAGAGCCGCAGAGCCCUGGGUCCCCUCUGGGUAGUGGGGAAGACUUGACGGUGCUGUACACAGAGGGUUCUGUGGGCCUCAGAACCCCUUGCUAUGGAGCAGAGGGGGAGCGGACAGGUGAACGGCUGCCCUCUCCCCAUCUGGAACCCUGUGUCCUCAGCUUUCCUCUGCUCCCCUCAAGCUUCCCCAUGUGCUUGGGGAAGCAAAAGAGUCCCAGAGGCAAUCAGUGUCUCAAGGGUCCUGCCAUGGAGGGGAAGGAACAGCGACCAAGAGCUGGAGGUCCACAGGGCUGUUGGCAGUAGGGGACCCCAGCGCAGUUCAAGUUCCCCAUCCACAGGGUCCCGUGACCUCUGAUGGGCCUCUAGAUGUGUCCUGCCCUGACCAUAGCUGCUUGUCACUCAAGUCCUGGGAACCAGCAGAGCCCACCCUCCCACUGGUGCUACCCAUUGGCCAGCUCUCCAGGGAAAGCUGUGACCAGGCUUCCCAGAGCUGCAUGGUGUCAGGAUCAGCCCGUCCCCAGACUGGUGUGUAGAGGCUGCACUCAGGGCCCUCUCCCCCAGUUCCCAGCUCCAGGUCUGAGCUCCCACAGGAGAAUGAGAGCCCUCCAGAGUCCACUGCAGGGGAGGCCAUGGUUCAGAGAAAGAGUAGAUCAUCUGCCUUCCCCUGGGACUCACUGUCCCCUGGGAAGAGAGGAGCUACUUGCGACCCAGCAAGGACAGCUUGGAACAGAGCAUAGCUGGAGGAACACCUGGGUGGGGUAGGGGUAGGGAGGAUGGAGCUGAGGAGCCUUGAUGGGGGCCCAAUGGCUCAAGGAGUCUGGCCUCAGCUUCACUGGCUCCUGGCUCAGACUUGUCCUCUUCCACAGUGAGGACUGGAGAAUAUGGGCUGGCUUUGUCCCAUGGAACAGGGGCUCUACCAGCCUGAGCAUCUGGAAUAAGCCCCCAGGGAUUGAUAUGACAUCUUCACUCCCCACCCUGGGACAGGGACCUCCCAGGUGGGGGAGCAAAUGUCAUAGUCAGGAGAGUGACACAGCUCAGGCCUUGAUGGGUAGCUGGGAGACCACUCCAGAAUGGAUUUGGGGAGAGAGAAAGGGGCCGGAGAUAAUCCCGGGGGACUGCACGGAGGAGGCACCUCUUUCCUAUGUCCAGGAGAGGGCACUAGAGGAGAGACUCAGAUUGAGGAACUGACAAACCUGGUGCCAGGACACACACACACACACACACACACACACACACACACCACCCUCCCCAGCCCCCUCAUCCUCCCUACAAGGAGAGGGUGGCCAUGACCUUGGUGUCUAACUAGGAGGGGGCUUAAUAUCCCUGGGGGAAAAUAGCUCCCUAAGAGCCCCCCUCCAUUCGCGAUCCUACAACAGCACACUGACCGCCCUGCCUCAUCUGAGAAUCCUGUGAGAGAACAGCAGAGGGCUUAGGACUGCGGCCCAGUGAGGCCACCUGUCUGUGUAACCCUGUGUGAGUCACUAACCCUGCUGGCUCUCAUUUUCGUCUCUUGUGAAAGGGGACACUAAUGCCUACCUCUCAAGACUGCCUUUGGGAUAAAAAGGAGUCACCUGAACCUCA